UCAGGUGAAAUUUCUAUGGAGAAAGUGAAGGUGAAGCGAUAUGUGUCGGGUAAGCGUCCAGACUAUGCCCCGAUGGAGUCCUCCGAUGAAGAGGAGGAGGAUUUCCAGUUUGUGAAGAAGGGUAAAGAGGCUGAACCAGAGAUGGAAAUUGAAGUGGAGGAAAAAUCUGAUCCUCGUCUUCGACGUCUCCUGAAUCGAGAGACCGAAGAUGUUGAAGAAAGGCUUGCGAGACACAGGCAGAUAGCAGAGCCAGAGCUGAUUGCUCAAAGCAGUGAGGACUCAGAUGAAGGAACGUGGCACCCUGAGCGAGAGGAGAGCAGCGAAGAUGAAGAGGAGGAGGAAGUCGAUGAUGAAAGGAGGAGAGCAAUGAUGCGUCAGCGUGCGCAAGAGAGGAAGACCGAGGAAAUGGAGCUCAUGGAGGUGGUGGAGGUGGAGGAGGAGGGGGGGAAGUCUGGGGAUGACUCUGAAUCAGAGUCAGAGUACGAGGAAUACACGGACAGCGAGGAUGAAACUGAGCCUCGGUUAAAACCGGUGUUUAUCCGCAAGUGA